GGUUAUAAGCCUGAGCCCAUGACCACAGCACAUAAAGUCCCAGUUCUGCCUUUGGGGAUAUAAGGCAACAAGCUCCCACUCUCUUUUGUCUGGCUCUCAACAAUCUAACAGCCCUCUGCAGGGUCACCCUAUAAUCAGAUCUUCUCUCCGGUAUCUUCUGGUUCCUGACCAGUGUUUCUUGGUACCUUGGAUCGGUGAUGGCGGGGUGGAGCUGCCUUGUGACAGGAGCUGGAGGGUUCCUGGGUCAGAGGAUCAUCCACUUGUUGGUGAAGGAGAAGGAUCUGCAGGAGAUCAAGGCUCUGGACAAGUUCUUCAGACCCGAAUUGAAGGAGGAAUUUUCUAAGCUCCAGAGCAAGACCAAGCUGACAGUGCUGGAGGGAGACAUCCUGGAUGAGCUGUGCCUGAAGAAAGCCUGCCAAGACAUCUCGGUCGUCAUCCACACUGCCUCUAUCAUCGACGUCGUGGGUAUCCAUCCUAGAGAGGCCAUCAUAAACGUCAAUUUCAAAGGUACCCAGCUCCUGUUGGAGGCCUGUGUCCAAGCUAGUGUGCCAAUCUUCAUUCAUACCAGCACGAUAGAGGUAGCUGGGCCCAACUCCUACAAGGAGAUCAUCCAGAAUGCCCAUGAAGAAGAGCACCUCGAAAAUACAUGGUCUGCUCCAUACCCGUACAGCAAAAAGCUUGCAGAGAAGGCUGUGCUUGCAGCUAAUGGGUGGACUCUGAAAAAUGGUGGCACUUUGUACACUUGUGCCUUAAGGCCUAUGUAUAUCUAUGGGGACGGGAGCCCGUUCCUUUUUGACACUAUGACUAAGGCCCUGAAGAACAACCGGACCCUGAAAAAUUACAACAAGUUCUCUGUAGCCAACCCAGUCUAUGUUGGCAAUGUGGCCUGGGCCCAUAUUCUGGCCUUGAGGGCCCUGCGGGACCCCAAGAAGGCCCCAAGCAUCCAAGGACAGUUCUACUACAUCUCAGACGACACGCCUCACCAGAGCUAUGAUGACCUCAAUUAUGCCCUGAGCAAAGAAUGGGGCUUCCGCCUGGAUUCCAACCUGAGCCUUCCUGUAUGUCUGCAGUACUGGAUUGCCUUCCUGCUGGAAACCGUGAGCUUCCUGCUGAGUCCAAUUUACAGAUAUCAACCGCCCUGCAACCGCCACUUAGUGACAUUAUCAAAUAGUGUGUUCACCUUCUCCUACAAGAAAGCUCAGCGAGAUCUGGGGUAUGAGCCGCUCUUCAGCUGGGAGGAAGCCAAGCAGAAAACCGUGGAGUGGAUUGGUUCCCUGCUGGACCAGCACAAGGAGACCCUGAAGUCAAAGACUCAGUGAUUUGAGGAUGACAGGGAAGUGGAUACGGUUACUAUUAGGAUUGUCAGUCAAGCUCUCCCCUCCUGGCUUCAUACAGAAGGUGACAAGAGCACAAGCCCAGGUCCUGCUGCCUUCCUUGUACACAAUGGCCAAAUUACUGUCUCUCUCGCACCAUCAGAAACCUUCCCAGACACUGGCCCGAUCAGAAGCUUUCUGUCCCAAUCAUCCACUAGAGGACAGACAAGGUGAUUUGCUGUUACUGAAUCUCAGUUUGCUGGUUCCGAAGAAUUCAGGGCCUCUUUUCACUGAGAGUUUUGCCUGUUAGUUCCAUCUCCCCUCUUAAAUGCUAAAGCAUUUCUGUUCUUUUAAAAAAAAAACCCAUUCCCUCACGUUGUUCAAUGAAACUAACAAUAAAUGUUUUAAUGUUUAA